CAGCCAGUCGAUGGCAGUAAUGUGCAGCGCGCGUCACAUUCAUUCCACCGCGAGGAAACGAACACAAACACGGGCGCGUGUACUUCCUAAAGACUGAACUGCUGUCAUAAAACACUGUCAUUUACUUUAGUUUACCAUUUCAUUUAACGGAUACACAAGGCUGUACAUACAUUAGUGUGUAAAAUGGCAUCAGGAUGCGCACUUAUCUUCGACGAGGAGAUGAGCCGUUAUAAACUCCUCUGGACAGAUCCAGCAUGUGAAAUUGAGGUCCCCGAGCGCUUAACCGUGUCUUAUGAAGCUCUUAAAACUAAUGGUGUUGUGCAGAGAUGUACAAGGGUGCCGGUUCGACAGGCCACUGAGCAAGAGAUUUUACUUGGGCACAGUGAGGAGUAUCUAGAGGCUGUGAAACAAACUCCCAAAAUGACAGCGGAGGAGCUGAUGGAAUUUUCAAAACAGUACAAUGAUGUUUAUUUCCACCCAAACAUCUAUCACUGUGCUAAGUUAGCGUUGGGUGCCACACUUCAGCUGGUGGACAGUGUUAUGAAGAGAGAGGUCAGGAAUGGCAUGGCACUGGUGAGGCCUCCAGGACAUCACGGUCAGCGCUCUGCUGCCAGCGGCUUCUGCGUGUUUAAUAAUGUGGCCAUCGCUGCGCUGUAUGCUAAAAAAAACUACAACCUGAAGAGGGUUUUGAUUGUAGACUGGGACGUCCACCAUGGACAGGGUAUCCAGUACUGUUUUGAGGAGGACCCAAGCGUUCUUUAUUUUUCCUGGCAUCGUUACGAGCAUCAGACCUUCUGGCCGAAUCUCCCAGAGUCAGACUACAACAGCGUCGGGAAGGGCAAAGGGUCCGGCUUUAACGUCAAUCUCCCCUGGAACAAGAUUGGGAUGACGAACAGCGACUACCUCGCAGGCUUCUUCCACGUUCUCUUACCCAUCGCAUACGAGUUUGAUCCAGAGUUGGUUCUGGUGUCUGCCGGUUAUGAUUCAGCCAUCGGAGACCCAGAGGGUCAAAUGGUUGCAUCCCCUGAGAUCUUUGCCCAUCUUACCCAGCUCCUGAUGCCUCUGGCUGCUGGCAAAAUGUGUGUUGUCCUUGAGGGUGGGUACAACUUGACUUCUCUAGCCCAAUCAGUUUGCCAGACCGUCCAGACCCUUCUUGGAGAUCUGGCCCCUGAACUGUCAGGGCUCAGUGGCCCUUGCGAGAGUGCACUGGAAUCUAUUCAGAAUGUUCGCAGAGCUCAUUCAUCUUACUGGAGCUGUCUUAAACAAUCUGACACAAAUUCAGAUGCAAACAGCAAACGACGCAAACUGGAGGAGAACAACAGUGAAGUGAAAGUUAAUGAGAAUCCUUCACCAGAUGCAGAAGCCAAAGAGACGACACAGGAUCUUGUGUGGCCUGAACCUUUACCCAGGUCGGCUCCUGCGGUGCGCACAGUUGUGGCGCCCCCUUCUGGUGCUCAGGUGUCAUUGCCAGACGGCUGCCAACCUUUAGGAGGAAUUUCCAAAGCGGCUACUGAAGAAGCACAAAGAAUCUGGGAUAAAGAUUUUAAAGAAAAAGCAGACCAGAUAAACCUCCAGGCUUUUGGAAAUAUAAUUUCAGUUCUUGAUAAAAUGAAGAAUAAAGAGGUGUGUAAUGGAUGCGUAUCGGUGUCUGAUCUGAAUGUGUCUGUACGCUGUGCUCUUCAACACGCACUUGCACAUCUGGCUGAACGGGUGCUGGUUGUUUUUAUUGGAGAUGGGAAAUGGCCAGUCGACACCUCUGAUGGGAAGAUCUUACUCAUCCAGAUCUGUGGUGAAGAAUCAGAAGAGGCAAACUCUUUGAGCCACAUGUCCUUGCGUUUCAGAGAGGGUGAAGGUUUCACUUCAGGUUUCAUGCAGGCAGUGCUUGGUCUUCUUUUACCCCUGGCUUAUGAGUUUAAACCUGGCCUGGUGCUGGGUGUUGUGGGAGAGGGCAAAUGGAUGAGUCAUCUACCACCAGUCUGGGGUCAUUUGAUCAGUUUGCUCCAAGGCCUGGCACAGGGCCGGACACUCGCUUUACUGCAGGGUAAUGAUAAACAUCUGAUGGAGAUUACAGUUCUUGCCCUCUCUGGGGCCUCUGUCCCUCCUCUCGGGGCCCUGGCGGCCCCCAGAGCUGAAGAUGUUGAGAUGAUGGAGAAGCAGAGAUGUAGACUUCAGAAGAGAUGGAGUCUUCUGCGCCGUACAGUUUCAGAAAGCUGAUGGAAACCUCUGAGAACUCUCUUUCCUGUGGCAUCUCUCUGUUGUUGGAAAUUAUGUAUUUUUAUAUACUUUUUCACUUUUGUUAUUAAAGCGUAAUCUAAUAU